AUGAAGAACCAGUGGUGUGGUAAAAUCUGCAGCACAUUAGCUCAAUGUGCCUUCGAAAGCACGACACAAGGGCACUUGGAAGUCGGACAUACUCAUGAGGAUGUCGAUGGCUGCUUAGCGUAUUGCAAGAGAGCAUUGUCGUGCGCAGCCGACAUCCAAACUCCUGCAGAUGUAAAGAGGGUGCUGGAAAACAGAAUGACAAAGAUGUUUGCAGCAAGGAAUCAAGACUUUGAAGUCGAGCUGGUAUCAGCAGUCAGGAAGUGGACGUCUUUGGUUCCCAACGAUGUUACGCUGAAGAACUGCUACAAGGUCCGCAAGCACGAUGAGCAUGACGCAUCGAAAGUUCAAACCCCGGUACCACACUGCUUCACUUUCAUGAAGAGGUCACGGAUGCCCGUUCAGUUUGAAAAAGUGGAGCGGCUACCAACACAUCUCCGUUCCCAUGAUGACCAGGUGGCAAUGGAUGAUGUGUUCUGCUUGGUGAAGUCAGAGCUUUCGAGCAGCAGUUUGUCACAAGUACCUAUCUUGGUUUUGCCAGGCUCCCUACUUGGCAAAUCGAAGCGCUUUUUGGAGCUGGCCAAAUCCUCCGACCUGUUGGCCAAACCAGUAUUUGAACCGGAGAGGAAGGAUGAGAUCAAACGCUUGGCUGUGGCACUGAAGAGGGAUUUUCCUUCGCUGAGGCGCGGGAUCAAUUGGUACGAGACCCUUUUGGCCCGCUCCGAGGAUACAGAUGUUGGUCAAGCAACACAUUUGUCCUUCCUCAACAAUAUCAACAAUGUGGAAGAGCUGAACCAUCAUGAUUUCCAAUGGGCGGCACGACCGGUGCCACCAAAGCCGCACUGUUUGCAAGUGGUCUUCCAUCGCAAUCGCGAUUGA